GAUAGCGCCGCAAAGGUGCAAUCACACUCUCGUCACUGAAAUACAAAUUCUUUUUCCUACCCCGUCCGAUUGAACGCCACGUCAUCGAUCCUCGUGAAUUUGCACUUCAACGGCUCAGAUUAGUGUUGCAGAGCUACUGGGGAAACGAAGAUGAAGGCCACUGAGGAAUUCAAGGAGCAAGUGGAGGAAAACGAGGUCACCUCUUUCAGUAAGGAGGAAGAGUAUGAAGAAGAAUACGACUCUGAAGAAGAAGUAGAAGACGCAGACGACGAUGAGGAUGACGACGAUGACGAAGACGAAGACGGAGGUGACGGCCAGCGCGGUGGUGAUCCUGACGACGAUGACGACAACGACGACGACGAUGACGACGAAGAGCAAGAGGAAGAAGAGGAGGAUUUGGGAACAGAGUACCUUGUUCGUCCUGUAGGAACCGCUGAGGAGGAAGAAGCGUCUAGUGAUUUUGAACCAAAGGAGAAUGGUGAGGAGGAAGAUGAAGGUGAGGAGGAAGUUGAUGAUGAUGAUGAUGGUGACAAGAAAGGUGAGGCUCCAUCAAAACGAAAGAGGUCAGAUAAAGAUGAUUCAGAUGAUGAUGAUGAUGAUGAUGACGACGACGAUGAUGAUGGAGGUAAAGAUGAUGAGAGACCUUCCAAGCGAUAGGGUUUGGCCAUUUGGGUCCAACAUAUUCUCUAAAAACAAGUCAACCAUAGUUCAAACUUUCAGCCUCUAUCCUUUAAACACAUAUAUCACAGAGGAUAAGUAGGUUUUUAAUGUUUUACGCCUUUGUUUAUUGCUGGUUUUGUAAUUCUAUGGUGCAGCUUUAUUACUUGUUAGGUUUUCCUAUUUUCGUCAAUAGUGGGUUCUUCCGGAGUCUUUUGAGCAGCUUAUGUAAACGUGGUAGAACAAGUUUUUGCAGACUUUGAUUUGAUCGUUUAAAGUGCUUUGUAGGUUGUUAGAUCUUGUGCAUUAUAAUAAUGACUGAUUCCUUGAUAUUAUUGGUGGAUCGGUGGUUAUCUGAGUAUGACUUUUGUGUUUGUUGGGCCUAUGAAUGCUGGAUCAACAAGUCUUUUAUUAAACUGGGAAAGUGAAUUCCGUUUU